AUGAAUUAAGGCGGAUCAAACGAAUUAUUGACAUUGAAAAGAGAGAAGUUUAGAGUCUAAAUUAGACACUAAAAACUAACAGAGGAGUUUAAGAAAAAAAGAAGGUUUUAUAAUUAUGAAUAGACGAAAAAUGAUUUUCUACAUAAGGUUUGUGAUGAACUUGCUAAAUACCAGUUUAAAGAGUAGUUAGUUGAAGAAGAUCUUAAUAAUAUUAAGUUAUUACUGAAAGUACUCUAGAAAGCCUUAGAGGAUGAAUAAAAUAUUGAUUAUUGGGUGACUGAAAAUAUAGUAAAAAAAUUUAGGUAUAAUGUCAAAUAAUCUAGAUUUCUAAUUAAUCUCUCUAAAGUGGAUAGUGAAUUUCAAGAAAUCAAUGCAACUCUCAUUCAAAGUGUUUUCUACUACCUAAACAGAGAAGAUUAUUAAAGAUUUGCAGAAUUAGACGACAUUCAACUAUUGGAUUACCUUAAGAACAAUAUUAAAGAAGAGAUACUAGAAAUCUUUCCUUAAGUAACUUUUCCAAUUAUAUUAGACUCUAAAUUGCAUCUAUUUUCUCGCCUAAGAAAAAUAGACUUAUAGAGAUUUUAUCAUCCAAAAUGAUUUUGAAUUUUUAGCAUAACUAAUGGUCCUUGACCCUUUUAGAUAAUUUUCUGAAGUUAUCUUGGCCUUGAUAGGUUCAGCAUUUACAUUCUGUUUGGAUAUCAAUAUUGAAAACAUUAAAUCGAUUAAAGAAUAUGUGAUCAAGUCCUAUUUUGAUGAAAAUUAAGCCAUAAGAAGACUAGCCUUAGAAAUUUUGGAGGAAAUUCCCUCAAAAUUAUCAUUCGAGAACAAUUAUUCAUUUGCAGAUGAAAUCAUUUCUUCCCCUAUGUUCUUAAAGAUAUAUGAUGCUGCUUUAAAAACUAAUUAUGACUUUUUAGCUUUAAAAGUAGUUAUUAUUUAUUUUGGGAUAAGUGAUAAAUUUUUUGAUAAAGAACUUACCAUCUACAAGAAGGUAGUAAAUUCAAAUCUGCAAUCGUAAGACCUCAACAAAGCAUUAAGAAUCUAAUUAUUUUGGGCUAUUUCCAAUAAAAUCCAUAAUAAUGAAUUUUUGGUUAAAUUAUUAGACUCUAAGUUAUUGGAGGAAAUAUUUGAACAGUGUUUUGAAUUGUCAGACAAUGAGGCUCUUGAAUUCUCUUAUGUUAUUUUGAAUCUAUCCAUUUUAGUAUAAAAUGUUAAUAUUUUAGUGUAAUGAAGAAUAACUAUCAAAAUUAAUUAAAAUAGGAUUGUUUAACAUAUGCAAUCAUUUUUUUUCAAUGGAAGCACGAUCUGUAAAGAUAGAAGAACAUACCCUCAAAGCAUUAAUUAAUAUACUACAUAAGUUAUCUGAUUGUUAAGAUAUUAAUAAUGAACUAGUAUUACCAUUCUCAUCAGUUAUAAAAAUGCUUGAGAUGACUGGAAUUGUUAACAAAGUAAAGGAAAGCAAAGGUGAUGAUAAAUUAAUCCAAGAUUUUGAUGUUUAUUUUUGA